AUGGCACGACGAUCGAAUUACACCUACAUUACGUUUGCGGAGCUGCAACGAAAUUCCGAAUAUGAACGAAUUUACGUUUAUGGUGUGAUCGCUGAAAUUAAUACGUUCCGAUCAACUGAUUUAACUGGCGACGAUACACUGAUAACAGAAAUGCAUUUGCGAGAUAAUACAACGUCGAGCUUCACGAAAUGUUCCAUAUAUAGCAGCCUGGAUAAUUGCUUUUCUGAUGUAGUGGCAGUUGGCCAAGUCGUUCAGCUUCAUCGAAUUCAGGUUCGAAGGAGAGCAGGCAUGCCACCCACAUUGUACGGCAAACUGAAUAGUACUGGAUUGGCUGUUGUGUUGUUUGGCACCGCGCCAACCGACGAUUUCACCGUCGUUUAUCAUUCGUCUGAGAAUUACAGUUUACCGCCCGAUUAUAAGAGUAAGGUCAGGGCAUUACGUGCGUUGAAUGUUAGCCGUUUAACUACCGAAAGGCUUAAUUAUUCAUCAGUGGUUGUAAAGCAUUUAAGCGAAUUUAUUCGAUGCACUUAUCAAAAUAUUGUUGUACAGGUAAAGUUAGAUUUCUUUUUCGCCUAUAUUCAAGCGCAAAACACAUAUUGUGACGACCCAUGGUUUGUGUGUAUGUGUGUGUGUACGUUUGUGUGUAUGUGUGUGUGCACAUGUGUAUUUUUGUACGUGUCCGGGUAUUUCAACUUGGCAACCAAGCGAAUUUCGACGCCGAAAUUUUGUUAG